ACGCUAGGUUGCUCUGUUUGCGGCCUGCCUCUAAAAGCCAGCGGAAGCAACCAGAACGCACAUACUGCAUUGCGGGUGAGUAAUUGGUCGCGUGCAGCCGCCUACGAAAGCUGGAAGCCAUCGCUGUGUCGCCUACUCACACACUGUAAAAGGCCCUCGUCUGUCUGCUGUCAAAGGGAGCAAUACGCGUCGCCAGGAGCUGGCAAAAUGCUCAUCGCACGCACAGCUAGCCGUGCAGCAAGCGCGUGUCGCAGCCGUGCUGCACUCGCAGCCAGCGCGCGUCGCGGCCGUGCCGCACUCACAGCACGCCACCUCUCCGACGCCGCCGCGAAACAGCACGAGCGCGCGCUCGAAGCUUUGGACGCCGGCGCGCCGCCGGAGGCCGUCGUACCGCUCUUCGAGGCGGCGGCGGCGGAGGGCCACGCGGAAGCCACGUUCUUCGUCGGCUUGGCCAAAGCGGGCCUGCUCGAGCCCGACGACGGGACCGUCGGCGGGUCGCCGCCCGAGGUCGAUCUCGAGGGCGCCGCGGAGGCCUACGCCAAGGCCGCCGAGCUGGGCUGCGCGCCGGCGGCGUUCAACUACGCGCAUGCCUUACGACGGGGCGACGGCGUGCCGCGCGACGAGAAGCGGGCCUACGACUACUACCAGCAGGCGUCCGACCUGGGCGACGCCCGCGCGGCGUUCCAACUUGGCCUGGCGGCGGACCCGCUCCACGGCGACGUGAGAAGGCCCGGCGGCGUGAAAGACGGCGACGCCGCAGUGGCGCACUACCGGCAGGCCAUGGACGCCGGCCACUUCAAAGCGGCGGUCAACUUGGGAAUUUUGCACUGGGAACCGCAGUCGCUCGCCCUCCUCAAAAUGCCCGAGGAGGACCGGCGAGCUAUCGCCAUCGAGUGCUGGGAGCUCGCGGCCGACGCGGGCGUGCCCGAGGCGAGGGACUGCCUCAAACAGGCACGUGAUGUAUGGGACGUUAAGUACACAGAUUAA